AAUAAAAUACAUCUUUAUCCAUAAGAAAAGAGAUAGCGACGAGAGCAGGUGGAGGGGUUUCAGUAGUCGUCGCUUCUAAUCAACAUCCACUUCACCUUCUUCCACGAAAACAAGCAAUCUCCAUCAAACGUGAAAGCAAGUUUUCCUUAAGCAAUAUCCAUCUCUCGACCAGACAUUCUUAUACUUCCACUCCUCUUCCGUCUCUUCCUUCACUCAUCUCUUGUCUCGACCCAACCCCCCUUGUCUUUCUUGAUACUCAGGAUACACUUGAUUUACUUUGUGCAUGUGGUGAUUAUGGAUACGGAGUCUUGGAAGUUUCUCAGGAGUGUUUGCAUACUUUCUUUCCUCCUUGGCUCUUGCUUUGUCUAUCAAAGCCUUCGUGUUGUUGUCGCUCAAGAUGAAGGCACAGAACCAGCAGUGACUUUGCAAGUCAAUGCUUCUAAUGGAGCUGGAAGGCUCAUCCCUGAAACUCUUUUCGGCAUUUUCUUCGAGGAGAUAAACCAUGCUGGUGCUGGUGGAUUAUGGGCUGAGCUUGUUAGCAACAGAGGGUUUGAAGCUGGUGGGCAGAACACUCCGUCUAAUAUUUGGCCUUGGUCUAUUGUUGGUGAUCAGUCAUCUGUCUAUGUAGCUACAGACCGUUCAUCCUGCUUUGAACGUAAUAAAAUCGCAUUGAGAAUGGAUGUGCUCUGUGAUAGCAAAGGCUGUCCAUCAGGAGGUGUUGGAGUUUAUAACCCUGGUUACUGGGGCAUGAAUAUUGAAGAAGGAAAGAAGUACAAGGUGGCUCUUUAUGUGCGUUCCACUGGUGAUAUCGACCUGUCUGUGUCCUUGACUAGCUCUAAUGGAUCAUUGACUCUUGCUUCUGAGAAGAUCAUAGCUUCUGCUUCUGAUGUUUCAAACUGGACUAAGAAGGAGGUUGUAUUGGAGGCAAAGGGGACAGAUCAUGGUGCAAGACUUCAGUUAACAACAACCAAGAAAGGGUCCAUAUGGAUUGAUCAAGUCUCAGCCAUGCCGGUGGAUACUUACAAGGGACAUGGCUUUAGAAACGAUCUGUACCAGAUGAUGUCCGAUAUAAAACCCCGUUUCAUCCGUUUCCCAGGUGGUUGUUUUGUGGAGGGUGAAUGGUUAAGCAAUGCAUUCCGCUGGAAAGAAACCGUAGGACCUUGGGAAGAGAGACCUGGACAUUUUGGUGAUGUUUGGAAGUAUUGGACCGAUGAUGGCCUUGGACACUUUGAGUUCUUUCAAUUGGCAGAAGACAUUGGUGCAGCUCCAAUAUGGGUGUUUAACAACGGGAUUAGUCACAAUGAUGAAGUUGAAACUGCUACUAUCAUGCCCUUUGUUCAGGAAGCACUUGAUGGUAUUGAGUUUGCUAGGGGAGAUGCUAACUCUACAUGGGGAUCGAUUCGAGCUGCAAUGGGACGCAAAGAGCCUUUUGAAUUGAAAUAUGUUGCUAUUGGGAAUGAGGAUUGUGGAAAGACUUACUACAGAGGAAACUAUAUUGUGUUCUAUGAUGCUAUCAAGAAGGCUUAUCCAGAUAUCAAAAUCAUCUCUAACUGUGAUGGAUCUUCCCGUCCGCUUGACCACCCUGCUGAUUACUAUGAUUUCCACAUUUACACUUCUGCUAGCAAUUUGUUUUCCAUGUAUCAUCAGUUUGACCGCACUUCUCGCAAGGGUCCAAAGGCUUUUGUGAGUGAAUAUGCUGUGACAGGAAAAGAUGCUGGUAAAGGAAGCCUUCUGGCCGCUCUUGCAGAGGCUGCAUUUCUCAUUGGUCUUGAAAAGAACAGUGACAUUGUGGAAAUGGCGAGCUAUGCACCACUCUUUGUGAACACAAACGACAGAAGGUGGAACCCUGAUGCAAUAGUCUUCAACUCUUCUCAUCUAUAUGGAACUCCAAGCUACUGGGUCCAACGGUUCUUCGCUGAGUCAAGCGGAUCAACUCUUCUCACUUCAACACUAAAAGGAAACUCUUCUUCUCUUGUUGCAUCUGCAAUCUCAUACCAAAGCAAUGACCAAGAUUACAUAAGCAUAAAGGCUGUGAACUUUGGAGCUACCUCGGUGAAUAUGAAGGUGUUGGUUACUGGAUUGGAUCCGAACGUGAUGAAAGUUUCGGGGUCGAAGAAGACAGUACUUACAUCUACCAAUGUGAUGGAUGAGAACUCCUUCACACAGCCUGAGAAGGUUGCGCCACACGAAAGCUUGCUAGAGAUGGCCGAGGAGGAUCUUACCGUUAUUCUCCCGCCACACUCGUUCUCUUCGUUUGAUUUGUUGAAAGAAUCUGCAAAAAUGAUAAGAAUGCCAGUUUCUGAUUCUUCUUCCACUCUGUGAAGAGAGAAACGACGACAUGGAGUGUAUUAACUUCAUGUCAAAAAAAGUCUCUUGUAGUUAACAUUGCAAUUACGUAAUGCGUAAUGCGUACUCGUGUGUAAAUGAUAGUAGUUUGGUGAAUAAAAUUACUUUUAUUUAAUCA